UGCUCCAACAGCAACCAAGCUAGUAGAGAUGGCUUGCAACCCAUUGCAUAUGUUUGUGUUUCGUCUGAUCUACUCUGGGAGUGGAAUUCUGGUUGGCAUCCUAGCUGCUUGCGUUUUCUCGGGAGUGUUCCAUAACAGUCAUGCUGCCUGCUGGGCCCUAGCAUCAGCCGUGUUGUCCAUUGUGUGUAUGGCUCAAUACAUCUAUCUGUACGUCAUCAAGGAGAAGAAGAGACGUGCCCCCAGUGCCGUUGUUCUCACCAUAUUCGGCAUGAUCGGAGCACUCUGUUUGGGGUUGGGGGGCGGUGGGUUCGUUGCUUAUCUCGGACUGGCGAUCACAGAUACUCUCCACCACAUUGAAAUCUCCUUGCCAGCAAGCUACUACGUGGUGUGUGUGUGGAACUUCAUGGUGUGCAAGUGGGGCUUGACAAUCUACCUGUACAGUAUAGUAUCCUACAAGUACCUCAAGAAAGUACCCAAGGGCUUCAAACCCAUAGAAACGGACGAGAAUGAGAUAGCAGCAGAUGAAGAAGUUGGAAAUGAUGCACUAGCAUAAUCAGAUAGUUUUUAAAUUUCAUUCUCCUAAUGAACUACCAUGUGUUUUUUUAUAGUUGUAAAGCUGUCAGAUUUGUUUUACAGAAUAUAUACACAUGUACAUUGUCAACAAUUGCUAACAAUAUAUUUUACCUCUUCUAUAUAAUUAAUAUCUGAUA